AUGGAUUCAAUGAAACCGUUGAUAAACAACGGACCGCCUGUUUAUGGCACGAAAAACCCGUCGUUCAACUCGUUUGUAUCUCCCGGUGCUCUCAUUGUUGUCGCCUAUUUCGCCACAACGACUGUCACCUGUCAUCUGCUGAUCAAAGAGCGCACCGACGGCUUAGUGGACAGGAAUCUCGUGGCCGGAGUGAAGCCCUUGGAGUUUGUCUUAUCGCACAUUAUUUUGCAACUAUUUAUGCUAUCAUUUCAAGUGGGACUCAAACUAGUGCUCGCGUUCGCCGUCUUCGCGGUGCCUAACAUGGGAUCAAUUGUGUCGGCGUCGGCGCUCACAUUCCUCCAGGGCUGCUGUGGACUCAUGUUUGGUCUCAUGAUAUCAUCGCUGUGUCCGGACGAGAUGUACGCAACCACUCUAUGUAUCGGCGCUUUCUUCCCGACGGUAAUAAUGGGCGGUAUGUUCUGGCCGUUGGAGAGUAUGCCAACAGGUUUGAGAUAUUUCAGCCAAAUAUUGCCCUCCAGUUUGGCCAUUGAAUCGCUUAGAUCUAUAUUAUUAAGGGGUUGGGGUCUCAGCCACUAUCAGGUUGUGGUAGGAUUUAUGCGUCUCGGCUAUUGA